UAAGGCAGACGCAUGUAAUAGUGCUUCUAAUUAAUGGUAAAUAAUGACUUUAGCACUGAAAAAGAAAAGUUUAUCCAGUUUUUUUCAUUUUCAAAAAAAUAACGAUGAAAAACAGAGUUUCGGAAAAUUUCAAAAUGAGGCUGCGGAUGCUAAAUCAAAUAAAAGUUUAUUGCUUGUAAGUCCUAAAAAAGUACGCUCUCAACCAACUUCUCCUUCUGUGUUAAUGCGAAGUACCAAAGAGAUUGAGGCAACGACGCCGGACAAAUUAUUAAAUAUCAGCCAUAUGUUUAAGAUUGCAUUGCGUUCACGAAGCAAAAAUAACUUAAUGGACGGUAAAGGAAGCCCAUUCGAAGAUUUAAGUAAUGAAAAGAAAUCAAAAUGGGAAAAGAUAAGCAAAAAAUUAGGUAGUCGAGAAUCUAUUGAUAGCAUUGAAAAUCAAAGCAACCACUCAUUAAGAAAUGAAAGAUCUUUGUCUGUUGGGAGCACAGGUCCUACAAAACGACGAUUAGGAGUGGAUCAAAACUGUAGAUCAAAUUCUCUUUGUAUUGACUUAUUUAAAAGCAGUUCUUUUAAAGAAACAAAAUCUUCAAAUACAAUUAUAUCAACCUUCACUGGAAAAAGACAUUCAAAUACAUUUAAUUCUUGGUCAAAGUUCAACCAGCCGGAGCACAUCUCUUCUGGUCCACUUUUGCAUAUUGCUGCUUCUAACGGAAAUAUGGAACUUUUGAAAACAUUAAGCGACGUUGGCGUUGAUCUAAACGAACACAAUUCUGCUGGAUGGCCAGCAUUACACUAUGCAAUAUGCUCAGGAAAUUUCGAAGCGGCCCAUUUUUUGAUUAACAAAGGAGCAUCCAUAAUUCCCUAUUCAAACAGAGUAAUUAAUACUUUAAAUUUAGAUAAAUUAUAAAAGUAAAAAAAAAACACUUUUUUUAAA